UCAAACCCUAAAAGGCCAUUCAUUACCUUAACGAGUUUUGUAACUAUUUAGAUCAUGAACAAAGAAGAAUGGACAAGAGAAACUGCUCAUCUGUACCUGAAUUUCUUCUGUUGGGAAUUACCAGCAAGCCUGAGAUGAAAGUAACUUUGUUCAUAGUGUUUCUGCUUGUGUACCUCACUAUUCUUCUGACAAAUGUAGGGAUGAUCACAUUAAUCAGAAUGGAUCCCCAUCUUCACACACCAAUGUACUUUUUCCUCAGCCACCUCUCUUUCUCAGACCUCUGCUAUUCCACUGCAGUUGGCCCCAAGAUGCUGGCAGACCUUCUUGGAGAAAAUUCAAUCUCUUUUGUUGGCUGUUUUCUCCAACUCUUGAUUGUCUCUAUUUUCAUAGAUGUUGAGUGCAUGCUGCUGGCAGUGAUGGCCUUUGAUAGGUACAAGGCCAUCAGCAACCCCCUGAUGUAUGCUGUGGACAUGUCCAGUAGAGUUUGUUACCAGUUCUUAUCUGGAAUAUAUCUGUUGGGGACUAUAGAUGGCUUUAUACACACCUCAUUGGCCUUCAGCUUAUGUUUCUGUGACUCUACUCAGAUUAAUCAUUUCUUUUGUGAUUUACCUCCAGUCUUACUUCUUUCCUGCUCUGACACACAGCUCAAUGAACUGGUGUUAUUCACCCUUUUUGGUUUCAUAGAACUGAGCACCAUCUCAGGAGUCCUCAUUUCCUACUGUUAUAUCAUCUCAUCUGUCUUAAAGAUCAGUUCUACUGGGGGAUGGUUCAAAGCUUUCUCUACCUGUGCCUCCCAUCUGACUGCAGUUGGGAUUUUCCAGGGGACCAUGCUCUUCAUGUAUUUCAGACCUAGUUCUGCCUACUCUCUAGACCAAGACAAAAUGACAUCAGUCUUUUACCUCCUCAUUAUCCCCAUGAUAAACCCUCUGAUCUACAGCCUAAGGAACAAAGAUGUGAAAGAAGCCCUAGUCAGGCUCAGAAAUAAAAGAUGGCUUUAAAAAAUGCCUUACAACUACACAAACAUAUUUAUGAUACUUGUAGUUUUUAUAUUUUACCAUUCAUAUGAAUCA